UUUUUCUUCUCUUCCGAGGGGGGGAAUGAGGAUUACCAUUUCCCAUAUAGACGUCUUCUGGAAGUGUUUGUAAGUGCUUACGUCGGAUACACCAUUGAACUCUAAAAUGCCUACUCCUUUACGAAGAGAUGAAGAAUUAUCUGAAGAAAAUGAUGUUGGCGUAGAUGACGAUGAAGAUGAUUCUUUAGCAGGAACUGAAGAAGAUGAACUAGAUGAUGGUGACGACGAUAACACUUUACCAGAAGAUCAAGAUGAUCAGGAUGGGGAUGAAGAAACCCCUGAUACACCCCAAGCUGACGAAGAAAAUUCAAAUGGUCCACCUGAGGAAAAUGAGGCCCCAGCAGCAGAUGAGGAGGAUGAAGAUGAGGAAGAAAUAGAAGAAGCUGAAAGUCCUCCUAAACCCAAGAAAGAAAAAGCAAAGAAACGUAAAGCCAAAGGAGACAGCGAACGAAAAAAAGGGAAAAAGAAGAAAAAGAAAAAGGCUAUGUCAGAUAGUGGAGAGGACAGUGAUAGUAAAUCUGCUGUUGGGGGAUCUGAUGACAGUGAUUAUGUUACAGAAAGUCGGAAGCCUAAAAAACCCAAAGUUGAAAAGCCAUUCCAGGCUCAGAAAAGUUCAGCUGAUAUAUGUGCAGAGUUUAGUUUAGAAGAUGUUGUUCUUGAUUAUACAGAUGAAGAUUAUCAGACUUUAACAAAUUAUAAACUUUUCUCUCAGCAUAUUAGACCUAUAAUUGCUAAAGCUAACCCGAAAAUAGCAAUAUCAAAAAUGGUUACUCUUAUAUCUGCAAAAUGGAGAGAGUUCCUAGAAAAUAAUCCCAACCGAGAAGCCAUCUUGGAUGAAGAAGAUAGAGUAGUGGUCCCUAAACCUAAGCCUAAAGAAGAAGUGGAAAAAGCGCCCAAACCAAAAAAGUCAAAAAGCCGAAAAUCAGUUCCUAUGUUAAAAAUAAAACUUGGCAGUUUUGGUAAAAGAAAAAAGCAAAGUUCAGAAGAAGAUGAAAGUUAUAGUGAUAAAAGUGAUGCUGAUUUUGAAGCAGCAUUAGAAGAAGCUCAAAACAUGAGUCCACCUCCUGCUAAAAAGAAAAGUAAAACUAAGAAAACUAAAAAGAAAAAGAAAACCAAAACAACGGCUAGUUUUCCUGGCUCUGAGGGUGAAAAUGAUGGAUAUGAGACAGACCAUCAGGACUAUUGUGAGGUCUGCCAGCAAGGUGGUGAAAUUAUUCUGUGUGACACUUGUCCCAGGGCGUACCAUCUGGUAUGCUUAGAUCCAGAUUUAGAAGAACCCCCUGAGGGUAAAUGGAGCUGCCCACAUUGUGAAGGGGAAGGUAUUCAAGAGCAAGAAGAAGAUGAGCAUAUGGAAUUCUGUCGCGUUUGUAAAGAUGGUGGAGAGCUGCUAUGUUGUGAUAGUUGCCCAUCAGCUUAUCACACACACUGCUUAAAUCCCCCACUUAAAAAUAUACCCGAUGGCGAGUGGCACUGUCCACGAUGUUCGGAAGGGUCUGUAGUGAAAGAAAUCCCUGUCAAAAAGAAAAUUGAAGAUGAGAUAAAGGCUGAACCAUUGAAAGGAAGAGUAGCUAAAAUACUGACCUGGAGAUGGGCUGAAGUUAAAGUUGAAGAAGAAAAGAAAGAAGAGGAAGAGAAAGAAGAGCCCGCUCCUCAACCAUCUACUUCAAAAAAACCACCCGUUAAAAAACAUCGAGAAUUUUUUGUUAAAUACCACGAUUUAUCCUACUGGCAUUGCUCUUGGAUAUCUGAAGUACAAUUGGAUUAUUUCCAUCCUGCAAUGUUUCGAUGUUAUGCACGCAAAAAUGACAUGGACGAGCCUCCUGCUUUAGAUGAUGGAAGCAGUGGUUUAGAUACAGAAAAGAAUGGAGAUCGAAACUCUCCAGAUAAUUUGUACAACUUAGAAGAAAGAUUUUAUCGUUAUGGUAUUCGUCCUGAGUGGUUACAAGUUCACAAAAUCAUCAACCAUAAAACACUGAGGGAUGGAAAAAUUAACUAUUUUGUGAAGUGGCGUGAUCUACCUUACGACCAAUCUACAUGGGAAGAUGGAGCGAUAACUGAGAGUUUUGACAUCCCUGAUUUUCAAAAGGCUGUAAACUACUACUGGGAUUUAAGAAGCGUCAUUGAAAAUCAGGGUAAAAAAUUUAGUAAAGGAAAAAGCAGCAAAAGCAAGCGAGCUAAGGAUGUUAGAGAUGACACUGGAAAUCGCAUGACUCCUCCUCCCGAUAAGCCCACUGUAGAUCCCAAAAAGAAAUACGAAAAACAGCCAUCCUUUAUUGAUGCAACUGGUAAUGAACUUCAUCCCUAUCAGUUAGAAGGUGUUAACUGGUUAAGAUUUUCUUGGGCUAAUGGUACAGACACUAUAUUAGCUGAUGAAAUGGGUCUGGGAAAAACUAUACAGACUAUAGUAUUUUUAUACUCCCUUUAUAAAGAAGGGCACUGUCGGGGACCAUUUUUAGUAAGUGCGCCUCUUUCUACUAUAAUCAAUUGGGAGAGAGAGUUUGAAACCUGGGCCCCAGACUUUUAUGUUGUCACAUAUAUUGGUGACAAAGACAGCAGAGCAGUUAUUAGGGAACAUGAAUUUUCUCUAGAAGAGGGUGCUGUACGCAGUAGCAAAGUUAGCGGAAAAGUAUCCCGCAUAAAGAAAGAUGUCCAAAUAAAGUUUCACGUUUUGCUUACAUCAUACGAGCUGAUCUGCAUCGACACAACGAUGCUUGGUUCUAUUGACUGGCAAGUUCUUGUAGUUGACGAAGCUCAUCGACUGAAAAACAAUCAAUCAAAGUUUUUUAGAAUUUUAAAUGGAUACAAAAUCAAUUACAAAUUGUUGCUUACCGGAACACCUUUACAAAACAAUUUAGAAGAACUUUUCCAUUUGUUAAAUUUUUUGAGUGCAGCUAAUUUCAAUGACCUUCAAGGUUUUCUGAAUGAGUUUGCCGAUUUAGCAAAGGAAGAGCAGGUUAAAAAAUUGCACGAUUUGCUUGGUUGCCAUUUAUUGAGAAGGUUGAAAGCUGAUGUCCUAAAGAAUAUACCAGCCAAAAGCGAAUUCAUCGUUCGAGUAGAUUUAGCCUCAAUGCAAAAGAAAUACUAUAAAUUUAUUUUAACACGAAACUUUGAAGCCUUAAAUGCUAAGGGUGGUGGACAUCAAGUCUCUCUGUUAAACAUCAUGAUGGACUUGAAAAAAUGCUGUAAUCAUCCUUACUUAUUCCCUGCGGCUGCUCAGGAAGCUCCAAAACUUCCAAAUGGAGCUUAUGAGGGAUCAGCUUUAAUAAAAGCUUGUGGAAAGCUCCUACUUCUAUCAAAAAUGUUAAGAAAAUUAAACAAUGAAGGUCAUAGAGUUCUAAUUUUUUCUCAGAUGACAAAAAUGUUGGACAUCCUGGAAGACUUUUUGGAAGCCGAAGGUUACAAAUAUGAAAGAAUUGAUGGUGGUAUCACUGGUAGUCAAAGGCAGGAAGCUAUUGAUCGUUUUAAUGCUCCUGGAUCACCCCAUUUUGCAUUUUUGCUAUCCACAAGAGCGGGUGGUUUAGGUAUAAAUUUGGCUACAGCUGAUACUGUUAUUAUUUAUGAUUCUGAUUGGAACCCUCACAACGAUAUCCAGGCUUUCAGUCGAGCCCACAGGAUUGGUCAAGCUAAUAAAGUUAUGAUUUAUAGAUUUGUAACAAGAGCAUCUGUUGAAGAAAGAAUAACACAGGUAGCUAAGAAAAAAAUGAUGCUUACUCAUUUGGUUGUGAGACCUGGCUUAGGCAGCCGUUCAAAUACUAUGUCUAAACAAGAACUUGAUGAUAUCUUAAGGUUUGGUACUGAAGAUCUUUUCAAAGAUGACGAAGGAAAAGAUGAUACAAUCCAUUAUGACAACAAAGCAAUUGAUGAGCUUUUGGAUAGAACUCAAGAAGGUAUUGAACAAAAAGAGCUCUGGGCUAAUGACUAUUUAAGCUCCUUUAAAGUUGCAGCAUAUGUAACCAAAGAAGUUGAAGAGGAACCUGAAACUGAAAUCUUGAAACAAGAAGUUGAAUCUGCUGAUCCAGCUUAUUGGGAGAAACUUCUGAGACAUCAUUAUGAGCAGCAACAAGAAGAUAUGGCAAGAACUUUGGGAAAAGGCAAGAGGGUUCGUAAACAAGUUAAUUAUAAUGACGCUAUGGGCACACAAGAUGAUUCAACCUGGCAGGAUACUAUGUCUGACUACAAUUCUGACUUCUCUGUUCCAUCUGAUGACAAUGAAGAUGACGAUGACUUCGAAGAGAAAAAUGAAGAGAAAGGCGUACGAGGUCGUAAGGGUAGACUGGGUCAAAAUGAGAGAGAUAAGCCAUUGCCACCUCUAUUGGCACGUGUUGGUGGAAAUAUUGAAGUGCUAGGAUUCAAUGCCAGACAGAGAAAAGCUUUCUUAAAUGCAAUUAUGCGCUAUGGCAUGCCGCCUCAAGAUGCAUUUAAUUCACAAUGGUUGGUGCGUGAUCUGAGAGGCAAGUCUGAAAAAAAUUUCAAGGCCUACGUUUCUCUAUUUAUGCGUCACCUUUGUGAACCUGGUGCGGACAAUUCCGAGACAUUUGCCGAUGGCGUGCCUAGAGAAGGUCUUUCUCGCCAACAUGUACUAACAAGGAUUGGAGUAAUGUCCCUGAUUAGGAAAAAAGUGCAAGAAUUCGAGCAUAUCAAUGGUCUUUAUAGUAUUCCUCCUGGUGAAUUACCGAACAAAUUACCUGAGGUGCCCACAUCGUCAGCUCCCACAAGUGGUACAACCACCACUACUCCCACAGAUAGUAAAGAAUCAACGCCUGCUCCCACCCCUGCUUCCACACCAGCUCCUACUGGUGCUGAAGAUGCUGCUAAAGAUGUCAAUAUCAAAGAAGAACCCGAAAGCAAAGAAAAAGUAGAUAAUCCUGAGACUAAAGAACCAGUUAAGGAGAAUGCUGAAGCUGCUAAAGAGCCAGAGAAAAAAGACGAAGAGAAGAAGGAAGAAAUAAAAACUGAACCAAAAGAUGAUGAAGUAAUGGAAGUGGAUUCUUCUGUAGAAAUCAAAAAAGAAGAAAAAGAGAAACCAGAAGUAUUUGUGGAUGAAGAUAAAGAUGCUGAUAAAGAAAAUAAAGAUAAAUCACAUGAUAAUAAGGAAAAAACUAAUGAUAAUAACAAAGCUGAAGUGAUAGAGAUAAAAGAUGAUGAAAAACCUUCCAAAGAUGAUGGGAAAGAAGAUGGAGAAUCCAAGGGUAAAAGAAAAUUCAUGUUCAACAUCGCUGAUGGCGGUUUCACUGAGCUUCACACAUUGUGGCAAAAUGAAGAAAGGGCAGCUGUUCCUGGUCGAGAAUAUGAAAUAUGGCACAGAAGACAUGAUUACUGGCUAUUAGCUGGCAUCGUCAAACAUGGUUAUGGUAGGUGGCAAGAUAUUCAAAAUGAUUUUGCCUUUAGUAUUAUAAAUGAGCCAUUCAAAAUGGAUGUUGGGAAGGGAAAUUUCCUAGAAAUAAAAAAUAAGUUCCUUGCUAGAAGAUUUAAGCUUUUAGAACAAGCAUUAGUAAUAGAAGAACAAUUAAGAAGAGCUGCUUACUUAAAUCUUACACAAGAUCCUAAUCACCCAGCUAUGGCUCUGAAUGCUAGAUUUGCUGAACUUGAAUGCUUAGCAGAAUCUCAUCAACAUUUAUCGAAAGAAUCAUUAGCUGGAAAUAAACCCGCUAAUGCAGUCCUACACAAAGUGCUCAAUCAGCUGGAAGAGCUACUGAGUGACAUGAAGUCAGACGUGAGCCGCCUACCUGCCACUCUGGCUCGCAUUCCACCAGUCGCUCAAAGACUUCAGAUGUCUGAGAGGGGCAUUUUGUCCAGGCUGACCGGCCAGCCUCAGCCCCAACCGAACCUGAACACUACAGUCCAAGGAGGAGCUAAUUCUCAAGGCCAGAGUCCAGCAUUUGCCAGCACACCCCAACAGCAACAGUCAGGUUUGUCCAAAUAACCAUCUCCUGCUGGACUUUCAGCUCUCUGUGCAUGUGCUAGCUUGCACACGACCAAAGAAUGUGGUGAUUAGGGUGUCUCACCUUCCAAGUGCAACUAAGGCAUGCAGUGUGUGGUUCCCAGUAUUCCUACAAGAUUUGCACUUUUUAAACCCUACUCACCUUGUGAUAAAUGGACUGGCUUGUUGUGUUUGUAUAGAUACCAUUGAUAGUUUUGGUCAUUUUUUUUUCUCUCCCUCCUUCCCUGUCCUUUUAAUAUAAUAUCCCAUACUUGUAAAAUACAUAUAUUCUGGAUGUUUUAUAAUUUAUUUUUGUGGAAUUUAAUAUUUUUGGAAUAAGAAACAUGUUUUUAUAUUGAUUACUUUUGUAAAAAAUUAGAAGAAGAAAAAAAACAAAUUCCUCUGUUCUAGAAAAUUAAUUUAAAAUUUAGUUUGGUUUUCUAACAGAAAUUAAGACAUUGUUGUAUUGUACAAUGAAAUGCAUGUGUGGUUUUCUUUUUUUGAGGUUUGAUGCUUGUCACCAACUGCCUGCUGGUGAAAGUGAUAUAUUUACAUAGUUCCUUUGCAUUGUUCAUUAUACAAAGCAUGUAUAUAUUGAUAUAUUGCAUGUAGCCUGACUCAACUAAUGUCUAAUUUUGUUCAUUGUUUGCAAUAAUGAAAAGUGAAAGUGCUGAGAAGUUUUUUUUUUUACUUCAAUAAUAUAAUUUUUUAGUUAAGAUCGAAAUUCAUGCUGUUAUUGACUUUUAACUUUCUUUUCCAAGCGUGAAUCAUUAAGAUUCAAAGGUUACAUAUCUCAUAUUUUUGUACAUAAUAUUCAUUGACUUUGAUGACACAAUUCAUCUGAAGCUAUUCAUAUAAGUAUUAUGGUUUUGGGUACACUCUGUUUAUCAUAAAUGUAAUAAAAGUGCACAUAUUUAAAAAAACAAACAUUAAAACUAAUGUAUUUGUGAUAAGAUUUGUCAAAGAAUAAUAUUUUAAGUUUUAGCUUUAAUGCUUAACAUUAAUUCUUGCGGCAAAAAAAAUUGUAGAACAGCAGUUUAUGAUAGUGAAAUAAUGUUUUAAAAUUUAUGUUUUGUAUUUUUUUUUUUUCAAAUUUAUUUAAAAAAGAUACAAUGUACUUGUGGUCAAUCAAACUGGUUAGAUUUCUUCAUACUUACCACAUAAUCUUUCUUAUAUAUUUCUAAACAUGCGCAUACAAGUUAAUUUAAUGAGAUUUUUGCGGAAAAUGUAUUUUGCACUUUUUAAGAGUGCUAAGAACCAGCAAGUGCGUUUAGUAGAAUCACUUAAAUAAGUGCAUUGAGUACUGCAAAUACCAGUUUGAUUGACAACAAACAUUAUGACUCAGAUUAAAAUCUAAUUCUCUAUAUUAAUUAUCUAUUGACAACAAACAUAAGGACUCAGAUUAAAAUCAUUUUCUUAUGUUUAAGAAGUGAAAUGAAAGCCCUUUAAAAUAUCAAAUAAUUUGAUUCACAACUAGCCAUUUUUAAUUUCAUUCUUUAUACUGGAAAUUUUGAAAUAUUGAAGAGAGUCGAGGCUAUAGACAUCUUACUCUAAAAUCAUUUUUAUGAACUGUUUUUAUUUAUUUUUUGUAUGUCAUUUGUCUUUUGCAUUUUCCUUUGCAACUAUUGAAUAUGUAGUGCUCAAUGUUCUUAUUAUAUACAUUUUGUUCUGCUAAACGCAUUUGUUUUAUUAUUAUUUUUUUUUUUCAGUUGCUAUACCCGCGAAUUUCUCAGUUUAUUGCGUAUGUUAAAUAUGGAUAGCUUCUAUUACGAGUAUUUAUUUUCCCUCUUGCAAUUGUGUUGAAGCUUUGCCUUCAUUCACAUUAUUUGCUUUUUAUACCUAUGGCUAGGAAAUUGUAAAAUGACAUUUGACAUAUUUAAUAUUUGCACAAAAUUCACUUUUAAAACUUCACAGCAAUCAACUAUUUUGAAAUCCAUGUGUGGUAAAGAAUUAUAACACUUCUUUCAUUUUCAUUGUAUUUUGUGUUGUAUAAUAUUUUUUUUAUUUAGUUUUUGUAAAGUGUUAAGUUAUCUUCAUUAUUAUGAGAACUUAUCCACCUUUAUAGUUUGGUUAAUACUUAUAUUAAUUAGCAUUCCCUUAUGAUUUUAUUUUACAUUUAGAUUAUGACUGAAUUUUAGUAUUUUAUCAGUUUCUAAAGGGGAAAUGCAAUUAAUUCAUUUGUAUUUUUUUGUUUUUAAAUAAUAAAUGUUUCACAAUUCAUUA